AUGAACGCAGAUGGCAGCAGACCACCCACAAAACGUGAAAAUGGCGUCUUUGAAGGCAACAGUGGCGAUGUACCAGGAAUUAAACAAGGAAUGGAAGAAGAAAACACCUGACUUAAAUAAAUGUGGAGAAAUAUUGGGCAAGUUGAAGCUUGCCCUCCUGAACCUGUCAUUUCUUCCCACAAGCAGCAGUCAAACAGGCCAGAAAGAAUUAUUGAUAGCAAGAGAGGUUCUAGAGAUUGGUGUUAAAUGGAGCGUCAGCAAGAGAGAUAUCCAAUCAUUUGAGAGAUACAUAGCACAACUCAAGCCAUAUUAUUUCGACUUCAGGGAAAGCAUGCCAGAUUCACCAUACAGAUAUGAAUUACUUGGACUAAAUCUCCUUAGAUUAUUAUCACAGAACAGACUUGCUGAGUUUCAUACAGAACUUGAGCUACUACCUGCCAAGGAUAUUCAGAGUAAUGUUUACAUCAAACAUCCUGUAUCUAUAGAACAAUAUCUCAUGGAAGGCAGCUAUAACAAGGUAUUCCUUGCCAAGGGCAAUGUGCCUGCAGACAGCUAUAGGGUAUUCAUGGACAUCCUCUUGGAGACGAUAAGGAAGGAGAUAGCAGCGUGCGUUGAGAAGGCCUACACCAAGAUUUCAUUCCAAGAAGGGGCUAGACUUCUCUUCCUUUCGUCGUUACCAGAGGUGAAAGCAUUCGCAAAAGAGAGGGGCUGGGAACUUGCAAGUGACAACUACUUUAAAUUCCAAGAGGAGAAGAAGACCGAUGACGCUAUCCCAUCUUAUGAAUUAGCACUGCAGGCCAUAGACUAUGCCAAGGAGUUAGAAAUGAUUGUAUAACAGGGACACCACUCUUGUACAGUGUAUUUAUAUUGUAGAAUGAUCUUAACAAAAACCAUUUUCUGUCCAACAGAAAUCACAAAUAUAAUGUUCUGUGCCUGCUCUCCCAAAAUACAACCUUAUUGGUUUCCAUUCACUUGGUCUACAGGCAGAUGGCUAAAUUCUCACAUCGUCUAAUGUUACCAUGACAAAACCCACUGGCCCGUAGUCUGAAGUGUGAUUUAACUUAAGCUCAGGUUUAAAGUUGUGGUUUAACUAUGGAUAGCCAAUUGUUACAUAAAUCACUAACAAUAGAGAUAUCAUAUUUC